AUGAUGUCUAACAAAUUACUCAAGAGUGAAUUCUUGAAAUCAUAGAUUAAGUACAUUCCCUCUCUUAUCAUAUAACUACAAUUAACUUAGAAAUUAUUUCACAAGCUUUUCAAUUGCCAAAUAAAUCUAUUACUACUCCAUCUAGAAGAUUUAUCUGAUCAACUAAUAUACUUUACUUUCUAAAUCAUAGAUGCCUUAGAAUAAGAUGUCUUCAUUAGAUCAGUCCCCUAAUAACAAUCAUCUAUCUAUUAGUUUGCGAUUCCCCAAUCAAUGGAAAAUCAAACUACUUUGAUAAUUAAGCAUACACAACAUGAAUUCUAGAUCGAAAUCUAUUCAAAAUAAUCAAAUCACUGGUCACUCUCUACUCUUAAUCAAUGA